AUGACAAACGAAUCUUACACAAACUGUAAUCAGCUUGUUGAUAAGUUCGGAACUGAAGAGUUUGCCAUUCUUGGCUUCCCUUGCGCACAGUUCAUCAACCAGGAGCCUGGUAGCAAUGAGGAGGAGAUCCUCCACUGCUUGAAGUACGUCCGUCCUGGAAACAACUUUGAGCCAAACUUCAUGUUGUUCGAGAAGUCCGAUGUUAAUGGACCAACGACCAACUCUGUGUUCACGUGGUUGAAGAGUGGCUGUGGCCCUUCAUCACCAACACUCAUCCCUUCCGCUUAUAUCAGCUGGACACCAGUUAUGUACAACGACAUUGAGUGGAACUUUGCCAAGUUCCUCGUGUCCAAGACUGGUGAGCUCGUCCGAAGGUACUCACCCGAGACCUUCCCCCAGUUCCUAUCGGGAGACAUUGCCGAGCUGAUCAGUCAAUAG